CCAUCCAACGUUGCAGAACGACAACAUAACCUGCAAAGUUCCCAGCUUGGUCGAGCUUAGUGUCAUUUUUCUAUUAGGAAACAUGGCUGCCCCUGCUGAUUUUUUUUCAUUAGGCAGCACAGUUUGGUGUAAAACCUGCUAUAAUUCGGAGGUGCAAGGCGAAGUGCUGGCAUUCGACCCGACGUCCAAAAUAUUAAUAUUAAAAUGUUCUCCAACAAAUGGAGAUCCCAAGCUAAACGAUGUGAAUAUAAUCAACCUGGCCUGGGUUAGCGAACUGAAAAUACUAAAGGAGGUUUUACCACAUCAUGAAGUACCACAACCACUAAAUUUUGAAAUGCUCAACAGGAGACUUCACAAACAAGUUAAUGAGAAAAAACACAAGCUGCAGGCAAUAUCAGCAAACGUUUCCGAAGAAGGAAAGAGUUUAUUCUUAGCUAUAUCAAAAGUGAUUACAGAGAUUAGGUGGAGAAAUUCUGAAAUUGUUGUAUUUAAUCAAGAUGUUAUUAUAAGUCCUCCAUAUCAGUUGGAAAACAUAAAAGGAAAUAUAAAUAGUAAAGAGUAUGGAUUUAUUAAAAAAGUGGUUGAAAAAUUUUUCACAGAUAACGCAGUCUGUCAAAAUAAUUCCCAAUAAAUGUAAUUAUCAUCAAAUUUGAAUAGUUUUUAUUAUGUAUGAUUUGUAUAUUACCGUACAUACCUAUUGUAACUUAUAAUUUCCGGAUUAAAUUGACAUAGCUGAAUAUUAUUAUUUCGAUUCGGGAUCGGACCACAGCUUCGAACGCAAAAUCGUAUUUCAUCGAAAGUAAUUCUGCCUUUACCCAGAGUUAGUUUCUUUGUAUAUUUUUCUAUAAAUAUUUAUAGAUUUUUUUUACUGUAUACGUGUGUUCGUCAGUUCUUCGAUUCCGAAUUGAUUGACAUCAAGUUUUUUUGUUUUUAAUUAUUGAGGAACGUUUAUAAUUCACAUCGAUCAAAAUCCAAUGUAAAUCGCCAACUUUGAAUGUCGACGAGUUUUAUUCGAUUGUUAACAUUCUCUGUUGGGAAUUUCAAUGCUAUUUUUCUUUAGUAAAAUCUAUUUAUUUUAUAUGAAUAAAAAAUAUAAAAUUUAA